CUGGCUCCCCAGCCAAUGGGGGCUCGUGUCACAAGUGCUUCGUCACAAUACUGUGUCCUUCCGCUGGAAGGCGGUUCGAAGGAGGGGCGGACGAAGAGAAAAAGCGGCGGCGGGCGGAGAAAAAAAAGAGAGAGGGAAAAUAGUCCCCUCUUCUUCACCCCACCCCACCCCGCAAAGAGGAGGGGAAGUGGGCGGGGCUUGCGCGGCGGCCGAGAGCAGCUCAGACGCGCGGAAUGCGGGGAGAAGGAAGGGGCGGGGCGCUUCCCUGGCGGCCGUUGGCGGAGGGAUCCCUCUCGCGCCGUGUGUGUGCGUGAGGCGGCCCGCAGCGGGUUCCGGCUAGUGCUGCUCCCACCUCCCUUCCCCACAUCGCCGCCGCUGCCGCUGCUCCGCGAAGCCUCUCGACGCUCCAGCUGCUGUCGCCACCCGGACCCGGCCAUGGCUGACCAACUUACCGAAGAGCAGAUUGCAGAAUUCAAGGAAGCCUUCUCCCUCUUCGACAAGGACGGGGAUGGCACCAUCACCACCAAGGAGCUUGGCACUGUGAUGAGGUCUCUGGGUCAGAACCCCACCGAGGCAGAACUGCAAGACAUGAUCAAUGAAGUUGAUGCUGAUGGGAACGGCACAAUUGACUUCCCAGAGUUCUUGACCAUGAUGGCAAGGAAGAUGAAGGACACAGACAGCGAGGAGGAGAUCCGAGAGGCUUUCAGAGUGUUUGAUAAGGAUGGGAAUGGCUACAUUAGCGCAGCAGAGUUACGCCACGUGAUGACAAACCUAGGGGAGAAGCUCACUGACGAGGAGGUGGACGAAAUGAUAAGGGAGGCAGAUAUUGAUGGGGACGGGCAGGUCAACUAUGAAGAGUUUGUGCAGAUGAUGACUGCAAAGUGAAGCCCGCAGAGUGGGUGGCUGGCAAUGCCCAUUCUCCUUCGAUACUUUUCUCCAACACACUCUCUCUACUUAAGUAACCUGGUUCUCUAAGCAAAACAAUCGGCUGUGGAAUAAAUCUGACCAAGCAAUUAAAAAGAAAAAAAAGAAACUCCCCAAGCUGCAUGAUUGCACUCAUCUCUCCCUCCUUCUUGCUCUCCCUCCUUCCCCCUCCCCGCCUUUCCUUCCUUCCACCUCUUCUGGUGCAUCCCCCCC